AAGAAGAAAGCAAAGCAAAACAAAAGCAUGCAAAAAACAUCAAAAAGAUGUCCGAAGGUCACAACUCCUCCUUUCAUCCCGCUUUUAUCUCAUCUUUUUUUCAUAUUUUCUAACGAGAGAGAGAGGUUUUUGACUUUUUAAUCCAACAAAAACAAAAAUUAGUAUACAAAAACACCUUUUUAUUUUGGAUUUUGCUUUAAAAAAAAUCAUCAAAGCAACAAACCAAAGAAUCAAGCAAAAACGGUAAUAUCAGUAGAUUUGAACAAGCCAAAAAACUUGUUAAGAUUAAUAGGGGAGGGGUGCAAAAAGAUGACCCACCAAAGAGGCCCCAUUGGUUUGGACAAUAGCAAUCUAUGGUUUGAAGAUCAGCAGUUUGACAAAAAUGGCCAAAGUAGUUAAGCAACGAGAUACAAUCUACAACUGGGACUCUGUCUUUGUCUCUCUCAAUUAACCCCACACUUUUCUCUUCUUCUCUUUCUCUCUCUCUGUUCUCUAUUUCUCAGGGUUUUUGUUCUUUAUUUUCUUUUUCUCUUCUGGGUUUACUCAGUGUUUCUGUCAAUGGACAAGCAGCAGCAUCACCAGCUGUCUUUGGCAAAGAGUUCCAGGCAGCGUUGCAAUGAAUGGAUCUUUCGGGAUGUUAAAAGUGACAUCACAAUAGAAGUAAAUGGAGGGACUUUUGCUCUACACAAGUUUCCUCUUGUUUCUCGAAGCGGGCGAAUCAGGAAGCUAGUUGCAGAACAUAGAGAUUCCGAUAUCUCGAGAGUGGAGCUACUGAAUUUACCUGGCGGUGCUGAGACAUUCGAGUUGGCUGCUAAAUUUUGUUAUGGCAUUAACUUUGAAAUUACAUCAUCAAAUGUGGCUCAGCUUUGUUGUGUUUCUGAUUACCUUGAAAUGACUGAGGAGUUUUCAAAGGAUAAUCUCGGCUCGCGAGCUGAAGAGUAUCUCGAAAGUAUUGUUUGCAAGAACCUGGAGAUGUGUGUUGAAGUUUUACAACAAUGUGAAAACUUACUUCCUCUUGCAGAUGAGCUGAAAAUUGUUAGCCGUUGCAUUGAUGCAAUAGCUUCAAAGGCUUGUGCCGAGCAAAUAGCAUCGAGCUUCUCCCGUUUAGAAUACAGUAGUUCAGGGAGACUUCAUAUGAACAGGCAAGCCAAAUGUGAUGGAGACUGGUGGAUAGAAGAUCUUUCUGUUAUUCGUAUUGAUUUGUAUCAAAGAGUCAUGACAGCGAUGAAAUGUCGCGGUGUUCGUCCCGAGAGUAUUGGCGCGUCGCUUGUAAAUUAUGCUCAGAAGGAACUGACUAAGAAAUCCAGUUUGUGGAAUCCUUCUGGCCACACGAAAAUUGAUUUGCUUUCAACUGACCAUGAACGCCUCGUGGUUGAGACGAUUGUCAGCCUUUUACCUGUUGAGAAACUUGCAGUUCCCAUCACUUUCCUUUUUGGACUUCUUAGAAGUGCAGUGAUGCUUGAUUGCAGUAUUGCUUGUAGGCUUGAUCUAGAGCGGAGGAUCGGUUCCCAGUUGGAUAUUGCAACUCUUGACGACCUUUUGAUCCCAUCUUUUCGGCAUGCAGGUGACACCUUAUUCGACGUUGAUACAGUUCAAAGAAUAUUGGUAAAUUUUUCUCAGCAAGAUGAUAGUGAAGAUGAUAUGGAUGAUGCAUCUGUUUUCGAAUCGGAUAGUCCUCAUUCACCAUCACAAGGUGCAUUAUUUAAAGUUUCAAAGUUGGUGGAUAAUUACCUUGCUGAAAUUGCUCCUGAUGCAAACCUCAAGCUUGCAAAGUUCAUGGCGAUUGCAGAGACUUUACCUACACAUGCUCGUACUAUCCAUGACGGGCUAUAUCGAGCUAUUGAUAUUUACCUGAAAGCUCAUCAGGGUUUACCAGAUGCAGACAAGAAGAAGCUCUGCAAGUUGAUUGAUUUCCAAAAGCUCUCACAAGAAGCCGGAGCACAUGCUGCACAAAACGAACGACUUCCCCUCCAAUCGAUAGUCCAAGUUCUUUACUUCGAGCAAUUAAGGCUGAGAAAUGCUUUGUGCUGCUCUUAUGCCGAUGAUGACCGCAAGCCGGUAAAUCACCAAUCAUGGCGGAUCAGCAGCAGUGCACUCAGUGCAGCAAUGUCUCCGAAAGACAACUAUGCAUCUUUGAGGCGAGAAAACCGGGAGCUAAAACUUGAGCUGGCUCGGAUGCGGAUGAGAUUAAAUGAUCUAGAGAAAGAACACGUUUGUAUGAAGAGAGAUAUGGCUAAGUCUAGUUCUCGUAAAUUUAUGAGCUCCUUCACGAAGAAGAUAGGUGGACUAAGCUUAUUUGGACAUAGUUCUUCGAGAGGAUCAAGUUCGCCCUCAAGGCAAUCCUACAGAACGGAUUCUAAGGUGAUUGAGAGGACAUGUGCAAGCACUGAUUAGGUAAUUAAAAUGACAUGCCUGUAUUUGUUAAGGCCAUGAUUUUGGCAACCUUGUAUGUUAAUGCUUUUUAACCUCUUCUUUUUCCUUCUUUUGGCCACAUUGUAUAUGAUUGUGAUGCUUUGAGUUACCAAGAGUCAAGAGUGGGGGCUUUGUUGUUCCAAA